AUGGAAAUGCCGACUAAAUGUUAUUUGUGUUCUUCCGCGGAGGAAUCGAUGGAACAUAUUUUUUGGAGCUGUAGUUUUGCUGCAAAGGCUUGGUCUUGGCUAGCUGAUGUUUUUGAUCUUCUUCCUCACGCCAACUUGAUGACUGCUUAUAAAGCUGCAAAGGGCUGUAGUAGGAUGAAAAAGGAUUUAUGGUUGAUUUCCAUUCUUGUUGUUCGGUCAGAGCUGUGGUACACUAGAAACAAGAAGGCGUUUGAGAAUAAGAAGCCAAACUGGCCUUUGUUUUUCAAGCGUGUUUUAUACCAGAUUCAACAGUACUCGGUGCAUUUGAAGGGAGACAUGAAGAAUACUUGUGGCGAUGUUCGUAUUUUAGAGUAUUUUCGUGUAAGGCAUAGAAGAAUAAAACAGCAUGUUCCUAUAGAGUGUGUUUGGACACCACCGGCGGAGGGAGAAUUGCUUUUAUGUUGUGAUGGAGCGGCUAGAGGGAGUCCAAGUACUGCCGGGGCUGGAGUUAUUGCACGAAAUGAUAUUUGUGAAGUUCUUGGAGCAAUUUCUAUUGGACUAGGAACAACAACAAAUUAUCUAGCUGAAAUUUAUGGUAUUGUGGUUGGUUUGGAGUGGGCUGUCAAAUGGAACACCAAUAGAGUCUUAAUUAGGACAGAUUCGAAGAGUGCUAUGGAUGCUUUAGAUACAGGUACAAUGCCUUGGUUUGUGAGAAGUCGUUGGAGACACAUUUUUGCUAAUUAUGAUAAUAUUCGUUUUGAGCAUAUUUAUAGAGAAGCGAACUUUUCAGCGGAAUCGCUAGCUAAACAGGGUUGUAAUUUUGGUGAAGAACAAGGGAUGAACUAUGAGGGUCGUCCAAUUUUUCUUACUUCAGUAGAAUCUCCAAAUGUUUAUUAUUUUAGAUUUAAAUAG